CAUGUGGUGGAGAGCUUCAGAUGUUCAGACACAUGAGAUCUUCAUGGUUUCUGUGCUGAUGUGUGUGAGACAUGGCCGACUGUGGAGGCUCAGUCUGUCUGUGCUUCUGCUCUUCAUCCAACAUGUCUGCAGCAUUAGUAAGGUAGUGAGUGCUUAAUGAAUCAUUCAUAAAGUAAUACUCAUCCUUAGUGUUUAGUUUAUAAACAGAUAGAUAUAAAUUGAUAUCAAUAUAAAUAUAGAAUCUUGAUUAAGUCUGUUUUAUACGUCUAAUGAACAAAGUAUUUAAAAGCACAUUUGUUUGCUUUAAUACAUGUUUUGUUAAUACUUAUUUCAUAUUUCAUAUCAUGGGUAUUUCAGGCAGUUAAUAGUUAAUGUCUUUUGUUCUAGAUGAUCUAAAGUGAGAACUACUUUGGCUUUAUAAGGAAUUGCUUAAUGAAAAUGAAAGUGUUUCAAGACUCCAACAAGUCUUUACAACAGAAAAGCACAAAGACAAACAGAACAUCCAACUAUUAACUGCCAGCUGCAAACAUCACCCACCUGAGGUUCACAGAAUAUUCAGCUUGUGCGAGUGGAUUAAACUAAGAAGAUCAGCUGAGCAGUUGGAGUCUCAGGACAGCUUAACUUAAAUAUACUGAAGCCUCUUCAUUUAAAAUAAACACAGUUUUCACAAAUCCAUAGUGUUUAUGUGACAUAACUUCACAAACACCACCAACAGACACCAUGUAUCCAUCGUGUUAAACUCAUAAUGCAGGGAAAAGUCUCUGGGAGGUUUCAGAGUUUGGGAUUUCUUUAGUUCAGUCCUGAGGUUCAGCUGUCCUCUGGUUUGUGCUCUGUUAGCUUUAGUCAGACAUGUCAACAUCCAGCCUGCUUCAGUUCCAAAGCGCUGCUGAAUUAAAGGAAAUCGUGCUUUCACACAGGGGAACUCAGCUGAAAUGAAGGAAGUAGUAAAUAGUGUCCUCUUCAUACACGAUGAAAACUCUGAGCAGCUUCUUGGGGUCGAGGUGAUCAGGAGGAGAGAUGGUUCUCCAUCAUCAAGGAGAAUCCCAAAUCAAUGUGCAUGUCCAUGAUAUCUUAAAACCCCAUCCUGUAAAACAGGGAUGUUACUGUUCCUCCUGCUCUGAUGUGCUUCUGUCCUUCAGCUUUAUCUACACCUCUGAAAACCUGCUGCUGUCUGUAUUUGUUGUUCUUUCAGUGAUUCCAGUGAAGGUGGAGGUGGAGGAGGGGGCAACAUCUGUCACGCUGCCCUUCAAAACCACAAAAAACCUGUCGGGGGAAAUUCAAGUGAUAUGGGAACGUUACGAGCCGUUCCAGAAGGCUCACGUGUUUACGAACGGCCAAAACCAAUAUGAAGAACAGCACGAAGUUUACAGAGGCCGAACUGUGAUGAAUGAAGACCUGCUGAAAACUGGAGACCUCAGUCUGACCCUGGAAUACCCCACAGAUGCUGACAGUGGAGAGUACAAGUGUUUGGUCUGGAGGAAGGGAACCUUCAUCAGAAAGAAAACCGUGAAGCUCAAAGUCAAAGGUCCAGGAUCAAACAGGGGACAUCAGGACCAGAAGCUGCUCCAUUGAUCCGACUCUGAGUCUUACCCUCACCACUCUGCCUUUUUGUUCAUUUAGUGAGUUUUAAUGUCACAGCGUGAUAAUACAGGAACACACGUCUCACUUUUACGUCCAGUCACAUCCUCAGUCUGUCUCUGCUGUGUGCACAGUCCUUCACUGUGUGUGAUCAGCUAUUGUUCCAUGUUCCUCGUCUGUUUCUCACCAUCUUUACAGUCUGUGCUGUUUAACCUUUUUAAGCCAUUUUUGGGCUUUUUCUGCACUUUAUUUAAACACUUUCAAAGAAAGGUUUUACUUCACUUUACUUCACUUAUCAUUUGGUUUUCUUGUGUCUUUUGUAUGCAUUAUGUUGCACACAUAGUGUUAGGUAUUUUAGUACCAUGGUAGCAUUUACUGGAUAUUGUUUUAUAGUGA